UUGGGACUUUUAGGUUCUGAUGGGCAACUUUUGACAAGGAAACGACAUUUGGAAGACGAGGAAAAUAGUGAGAACGCCUUGGGAAAUGGAAAUAGUUAUGAUAAAAUUGCUUUUGUGUCAGCGGGGGGUUAUGACACAGACGUGUAUGGUAGUGUCCGGGGCCAACGUAAGAAUGAUUACUUGACAUCAAUUAAUGCUGGAGACGAAGAAGAUGAAGUAGAAGACGAAUUGCUCGGUGCAGUAACUUCUGCUAAAGCUGCUUACUCUGCUCCGAAGCGUUUCGUUGAAGAAGCUGGUGAUGAUCCGUUCGCAGAGACCAGGACUAAAACAAUUGCUGAAAGACAAAGUAAUUAUCAGGCAAGAGCUCGCCAACGGCAAAUUUCUCCAGAACGAGCCGAUAUGUUUGCUGAUCAAACACCAGACAUUCGGGAUCGUUCUUAUGCUCAGAUCAUGAAAGAACAAAUGUUACGCGAAGAAACGGAUAAAGUUGAAAAAGAAUUAUUAGAUAAAGCAAAAUCAGGUGAAUUGAAGCCUGCAAAACCAGUAGCUCCUUCGCAAAAAAGAGGGCGUUGGGAUGAAACGCCAAAAUUUGAGGCGUUAGGUGCAGGUGCCUUAACACCAUCAUCUCAAACACCAGGUUCAACACAGCGAAAGCGUUUAACGCUGACAUCAAAUAUGUCUGCCAUCGCUACUCCACGUGUUGCUCGUUGGGAUGAAACUCCAGCUCAUGCUGCGGGAGUUGAUGCAACUCCUGCUUCUGGAGCUAAAGCAUGGGAUGCUACUCCAACCACUCAAACUCCGCGUCGAAAUCGUUGGGAUGAAACCCCACGUGAAUCUGUCCGUGAUGGAAUGACACCGUCGGCUAGAGAAGGUAUGACACCUGGUUGGGGAGCCGAGACUCCACGAGAUGCUCGUGCAUUUGAUGAUGUCAAGAUAGAGGGUACACCAGGUGAAUCAAAACGUCGGUCACGUUGGGAUUUAACUCCUUCAGCGGCUACGCCAGUUGCAGCGGCUGUAACACCGUCAAGUACUCAUAUACCCGGCUCUGCAACUCCGUUGGGUUUCACACCAAGUGGAGGAGGAAUGACGCCAUCGAUGAUGACGCCUGGUGGGACCACACCAAUUGGUACACCUGCAAUGGGACUUAAAACACCAAUGAUGCCAGUCGUAUCAAUGACACCAGACCAAAUGGCACUUUUUAAGUGGGAAAGGGAGAUUGAUGAGAGAAACAGGCCUUUAUCCGAUGAAGAAUUGGAUGCGCUCUUUCCACCAGGAUAUAAGAUCCUACCUCCGCCGAAUGGUUACAUACCGCUUCGAACACCGGGUCGGAAACUCUUAGCAACACCUACUCCCAUGGGUGCCACUGGGACACCAAUGGGUUUCAUCAUGCAGGGCACGCCUGAAAGACCUGGCUUAGGGGAUAAAGGUAUUGCGGGAUUAAUUGAUACUCAGCCGAAAAAUACAGAAUUACCACCUCUCAAGCCAGAAGAUAUUCAGUAUUUCGAUAAGCUUUUGAUGGAAGUAGACGAGAGUACUUUAAGUAAAGAGGAAUUAGCUGAACGUGAAAUCAUGACUUAUCUUUUGAAAAUUAAGAAUGGGACACCUCCUCAGCGUAAAUCUGGAUUACGCAAAAUCACAGAAAACGCCAGACGUUUUGGAGCUGGAGCACUGUUUAAUCAAAUACUACCUCUUCUGAUGUCUCCUACUUUGGAGGAUCAAGAAAGACACUUGAUGGUUAAGGUUAUUGAUCGUGUUCUGUACAAACUUGAUGAUCUUGUUCGACCGUACGUCCAUAAAAUACUAGUUGUGAUUGAACCCUUGUUGAUUGAUGAAGAUUAUUAUGCCCGUGUUGAAGGGAGAGAAAUAAUUUCAAAUCUCGCGAAAGCAGCUGGUUUGGCUACAAUGAUUUCUACAAUGCGACCAGAUAUUGAUAAUGUUGAUGAAUAUGUAAGGAACACAACUGCUCGAGCAUUUGCAGUUGUUGCUUCGGCUCUUGGCAUUCCCGCUCUUCUUCCAUUUCUGAAAGCAGUUUGCAAGAGCAAGAAGAGUUGGCAAGCCAGACAUACAGGCAUCAAAAUUGUUCAACAAAUGGCUAUCCUUAUGGGGUGUGCAGUUUUGCCACAUUUACGUUCUCUUGUUGAAAUUGUAGAAACUGGUCUUGUUGAUGAUCAGCAAAAAGUCCGGACGAUAACGGCUCUUUGUUUAGCAGCUCUUGCUGAAGCCUCAACUCCAUAUGGUAUAGAAGCAUUUGACUCUGUUUUAAAACCAUUGUGGAAAGGUAUUCGUUCUCAUCGAGGAAAGGGUCUUGCUGCUUUUUUGAAAGCUAUUGGUUUUUUGAUUCCAUUGAUGGAUGCUGAAUAUGCUUCAUAUUAUACACGUGAAGUAAUGCUGAUAUUAAUCCGAGAGUUUGCUUCACCUGAUGAAGAAAUGAAAAAAAUCGUGCUUAAGGUAGUCAAACAAUGCUGUGCAACUGACGGAGUUGAGGCAGCAUAUAUUCGUGAUGAAAUCCUUGCUCAUUUCUUCAAAGCAUUUUGGAAUCACCGUAUGGCGUUAGAUCGUCGUAAUUAUCGACAGCUAGUUGAUACAACUGUCGAAAUGGCGCAAAAAGUCGGUUCUGCUGAGAUGAUUGCACGCAUUGUCGAUGAUUUAAAAGACGAAAAUGAAUUGUACCGAAAAAUGGUAAUGGAAACUAUUGAGAAUAUUGUCUCGUUAAUGGGAGCAAACGAAAUCGAUGCACGUUUGGAAGAGCAACUUAUUGAUGGUAUAGUCUAUGCAUUCCAGGAACAAACACAAGAGGAUGCAGUUAUGUUGGAUGGAUUCGGUACAGUUUGUAAGGGUUUGGGUCGACGUACUAAGCCAUAUCUUCCCCAGAUCUGUGGCACAAUAUUGUGGCGGCUCAACAAUAAGUCUGCCAAAGUUCGGCAGCAAGCUGCUGACUUGAUCGCCAAACUCGCUCCAGUCAUGAACAUCUGCCAAGAAGAAAAGCUUAUGGGACACUUGGGCGUUGUUUUGUAUGAAUAUCUUGGUGAAGAGUAUCCUGAAGUGCUCGGAUCAAUUUUAGGUGCGUUGAAAGCAAUCGUUAACGUUAUUGGUAUGACAAAAAUGACACCCCCAAUCAGAGAUCUUCUUCCGCGCUUGACCCCAAUUUUAAAGAAUAGGCAUGAAAAAGUACAAGAGAACUGCAUUGAUUUGGUUGGUCGCAUUGCUGAUCGUGGAAGUGAGUUUGUUUCUGCUCGUGAAUGGAUGCGUAUUUGCUUUGAACUAUUAGAAUUGCUGAAAGCUCAUAAAAAAUCAAUACGUCGUGCCGCUAUCAACACUUUUGGAUAUAUAGCGAAGGCAAUUGGUCCUCAUGAUGUGUUGGCGACUUUGCUUAAUAAUCUCAAGGUGCAGGAGCGUCAGCUUCGUGUGUGUACAACAGUGGCAGUCGCUAUAGUAGCAGAAACUUGCGCACCUUUUACAGUUUUACCAGCGAUCAUGAAUGAAUAUCGAGUGCCAGAAAUUAACGUUCAGAAUGGUGUUCUCAAGGCACUUUCUUUUAUGUUCGAGUACAUCGGAGAAAUGGCCAAAGAUUAUAUAUAUGCAGUUACUCCACUUCUAGUAGAUGCGCUGAUGGAAAGAGAUAUUGUACAUCGGCAGAUAGCAAUGGAUGCUGUUGCACAUUUAACUUUGGGAGUAUAUGGUUUUGGAUGUGAGGAUGCUUUAAUUCAUAUAUUCAAUUAUGUUUGGCCAAAUAUGCUUGAAAAUUCACCUCACGUGAUACAGCGGUUUGUGUUUGCAUGUGAUGCUAUGCGUGUGUCUCUUGGUCCUAUAAAAGUCCUCCAGUACUGUCUUCAAGCGCUCUGGCAUCCAGCAAGAAAAGUUCGUGAACCAAUUUGGAAGGUUUUCAAUAAUUUAAUAUUGGGAUCUCAAGAUGCUUUGGUUGCUGGAUACCCUCGUGUUCCCAAUACUGAUCGAAACAAUUUCUUGAGAUAUGAACUUGAUUAUAUUCUUUAG